AUGACGAUCGCAUCCGAGUCUGACAAGCAAACGUCGGCUCUGAAUCGCCGUAACGAACACGAUUAUAGUCUUCAGCUGAACCGCUGGUUUCUGAAACCAAUCGGUGCCUGGCCAGAGUCGCGCACUACGACGAUCACCGAGAGACUCCUGUCGAGAAUCAUUCAGAUAACAUGCUACGCUCUCAUAGCUUUCACGGUUGUGCCUUGCAUGAUGUACUUCUACUUUGAGGAGCAGGAUCUCGAUACCAAGAUAAAUUCGGUGGGUCCGGUAAGCCACUGGAUUAUGAGCGGAAUAAAUUAUACCUCCCUUCUGUGGCGCAGCAAAGACAUACGUCGCUGCAUCGAGCACAUGGAGAGCGAUUGGUGCGCGGUGAGCAGAAACGUGGAUCGCGGAGUGAUGCUCAGAUACGCCAAAUUCGGCAGAUCCGUGGCCGGGUUCUGCGCCGUUUUCAUGCACUGCGGUGUGUUCUCGUACAGUGUAGUGAACAGUUUAACGCCGAUGAUCGUCAUGGUCGGCAACGAGACCGUCUCGGCGCGACGGCUGCCUUGUCCGUUCUACAGCAAGCUACUGGAUACCAGCCGUGAUCCAGCGAACGAGAUCGUGCUGAUGAUACAGUUUCUGUCUGGUUUCAUAGCUAAUUCCAUCAUCGUCGGUGCGUGCAGCCUCGCUGCAGUUUUCGCAAUGCACGUGUGCGGCCAAUUCGCCGUGCUCUACACGUGGCUGAACGAACUGGUUGAUGAGAAAAAGGGGAAGCCAACCGCUGAGAGCAAACUGGCAAACAUAGUCGAGCAUCACCUACGUGUUCUAAAUUUCAUAUCGCGCUUCGAAAAAAUCAUGAAUCAAAUAUGUCUGGUGGAAUUAGUUGGAUGCACAAUGAAUUUGUGCUUGCUCGGCUUCUGUUCUAUCAAGGAAUGGAAUGCAAGAAACACGAAGGCUAUAACAACAUACGGUCUUGUGUUCAUAUCCCUAUCUUUUAAUAUCUUUAUAUUUUGUUACAUCGGUGAAAUAAUCACGGAGCAGUGUAAAAAGGUUGGCGAAAUGGCUUACUUCAUUAAUUGGUACCGUUUACCUCAUAAAACCGCCCUUGGUAUAGUGUUGAUAAUAUCGAGGUCCGGCAUUGUGAUCAAAAUUACUGCUGGAAAAUUGAUUCACCUCUCUUUAAUGACUUUCGGUGAUGUGAUUAAAACUUCUGCGGCAUAUCUGAAUAUACUUCGUACUGUAAUGUAACAUACUACGUGAAAAAUAGGCGUCAACUAAAUACACACGCAAGAGGAAAUUUUUUUCUGAAGUUGUCAGUAAUGUCACUUUUCUAAUUAAUAAGACUAAUCAUUGCAAAAAUUGUCGAAAUCAUAGUGUACAAAGAAUUAAAGUACAAUAUAAAGAACAUACGAUACAUAGAUAUACACAUAGAUGUACUCACAUGCAUCUAAAAAUUCACAAAAU